ACCAAGCGCUGAGUGAAACAGAGAAGGCGGGGGAGGCUGGUGUGAUUUGUUUGGUGUUCAGAGCCAAUAGAAAUCCCAGACCGUGAUAAUAUCCCCAUGCAGCGGCCAGAGGAGUCAGAGCGAAGUCUCCCGGGCUGCGCUCGCAUCUGCAGGCGCGGCCAGGCUGGGCCCGCGCCUCCCCGCGCCCCGCGCCCCGCGCUUCUCCUAUGGGCGUUUGCUGGGGUCCGUCUGCGGUGCCACGGAGCGCGGCCGCGGGGGGCCCAACUUGGAGCCCGCUGUGGACUAUAUCACCCCGAGGAGAGGCAGAGGGAGAGAGCAGGGACCCGAGGAAGAGGCUCCAUCACGUCAUUGCAGGUACACGGCACAGAGAUGUGGGAUUAAAAUAAAUGCCUUUGCUGUGAUGUCACGCUCCUGCACAUAUCGGCCAGCAGAGGGCAGCAUGCAGACUUUGAAAAAGUGAUGCCUCCUCAUUGACCAUGAGGAUGUUCUGGAAGCUUUCUCUCUCCUUCUUCCUGCUGGCCUUGCUGGUGAAAGUGGCUGAAGCCCGAAAGAACCGGCCGGCGGGCGCCAUCCCCUCUCCUUACAAGGACGGCAGCAGCAACAACUCGGAGAGAUGGCAGCACCAGAUCAAAGAGGUGCUGGCCUCCAGCCAGGAGGCGCUGGUGGUGACCGAGCGCAAGUACCUCAAGAGUGACUGGUGCAAGACGCAGCCGCUGCGGCAGACGGUGAGCGAGGAGGGCUGCCGCAGCCGCACGAUCCUCAACCGCUUCUGCUACGGCCAGUGCAACUCCUUCUACAUCCCGCGGCACGUGAAGAAGGAGGAGGAGUCCUUCCAGUCCUGCGCCUUCUGCAAGCCCCAGCGUGUCACCUCGGUCCUCGUGGAGCUCGAGUGCCCCGGGCUCGACCCGCCCUUCCGACUCAAAAAGAUCCAGAAGGUGAAGCAGUGCCGGUGCAUGUCCGUGAACCUGAGCGACUCCGACAAGCAGUGAGCUCCCGCCGGACGCAGCUCAGCCCUGCGCGCCGGGAGCUGGGGCUCGCCGCCGCCGCCGCGUCCUCUGAGCUGUCUGGCGUCCCCCCCGCAGCCGGCACGUCGCUCGGGGCUGACGGUGUCCUUGCCCCGAACGUGGACCCCAAGUGGAGCUUGGCCGAGUGUUCCUGACCGCCUUGGGGCCCCACCUGCGCGUCCAAACCUGGCCGUGGCUCAGGCGCCAUGGAAGAUGCUAGGACCCCAGCACCACCCCGCGCAGUCAGACAGGACUCUCCUUCCGGCGAUGCUCUGCCAAGCCGGCCUGGAUGCUUCCACCGUGUGGAAGCGAGUAUUUCUCUGGCCUCGCUUGACAUUCAGCUCGCUUCUUCCCGUGGGAUGGAGGCAUCGCCCUUGUGAGGAGCCCCUCAAACUUCCCCUGCUGGUCCCUGGACCUCUGGGAGGUGGGGCGCAUUCAUUCUUGAGACUUCAGCGCUGCCCGGGGCUGCUGCUGAGAUGCUGAUGUGGACAACGUCCAUAAAAGGGGUGUCCGUGGGCGGGAGUCGCCUAACAAACCUGACAGCGAGAAGACACCGUGAGCCACUUGGGUCCUCACUCUCUCUCUCGGCAGGCCACGCCCUCCUCACCUGCAAACACCUCCACCUCUUCUUCCUUCCUCCCCCAUCCGUCUCCACCUGUGGACUCAAGAUGAACUCUGGUGUGCAUGCUAUUAUCGCUGCAGUUAGAAUAUUAUCACACACAAGGUCUCUAUAUUAACGCUGGUUUUAUAAUUGACCUAUAUUGUAAAGAACUGUCGUUUUUUUUAAAAGUAUUCUAGAUCUAUCCAUGUAUUGUUUCACGUGUUUUGACCCUGGCUUUGCAGGAUCCUUCUGAGUAGGGUGGAGCGUGGGUGACGAUCUGCCCAGAAAGUAUUGUACUCAGAAGUACUGCCUGGCCAGUAAUUCACUGCCGUGCACCUAUUAUAGAUUGGGUAGGGAGAUGGAGGGAAGUCGUGAUUUUACUUUGAAUAUUGCAUCACUGAAGGUACUAAAAGCAUUGCAGCACAUGUAGAAAUUGGGUUGGGAUGAAUGAGUGCGGGGAGGGAGAUUUACUGGGAAGUUUUUAAUGCAAACCCCUUAUAAUAUUUAGUGUGCAUAUGUGGGGGGAGGUGGUACUGCUUUUACUGCCAUGAUACUAAGAAAAACACCAUUUACUGUUCAAAUAAGAGAUAUUUAAGAAUAUAAGGAAUCAGGUCACUUUGUGAUGCAGGAGGAAAUAAAAGAUAACUAUAUAGAAAAUAGUAAUCUAGUUGAACAGUCCUAGAGAAAGUAACUAGUAUCCUUUCCAAAGGAUAGACUUUAAAAACCUUGAGCAAACAUUAGGUCACCUUUCAUUACGCUAAUGGAUCGUUGAAGUUCCUGUAUUGUAGUCCCUUGGUAUAAGGAAGUUGACAUAAUUUAUUUUCCUGCAAAAUUAUGCCCACUUUGAGUCCCUUUGCUAAGCUGACUCAGCAAGGCAUCCUGUGAGGGAUGGUGGUGAGGUCUAGUAAAUGUGAGUGAGAUGUCACUGGUAGGAGUCCACAUACUCUUAGAAACCUUUCUCCGGCAAUUUCCAAGCAAGUGCUCCUGCCCACGGGGUUGGUUCCCUAGUAAAUGAGAGAGAUCCUCUACAAGCUGCUCUAGGGACUGAGCUUCCUGACACUACACAGUCCGAGCAGAUCUAGAGUCUGUCACCUGGAGAGCGGGGAUGGGGGUGAGGUGUGGCAUGUUGGUAAUUAUUUCCUGCUGCUGUACUGCAUGUUUUAUAUUUUUGUUACUUCUUUACUACCAUUUAAAAGAGAACCUGAGCACAGUCUGUACUCUUGUGAAGGGAAUCUUGGCUUCAGAAAUGCAUAUAUACAACCUGAAAUUAGAAAGCAGAAAUGAAAAAAAAAAAAAUCACUGAGGGCUGGAACGUGAGGAUGGAGACAAGUACAGAGGGUAUACAAGGUCAGAAUGGAUUUUUACAUUUAGCAGAAAACUUCAAGUCAGGCUCAGUGCAGAACAAGCAGCAGAAAAGCUGUGAAGGAAGGAAAUCCAUGUGUUCCUAACGGAAGUUGACGGAGGAAGGAGAGUGGGAAGGCAGGGGAGGAGUCUCUGACUCAACUGCAAGGUCAGCCCUAUCAUUCUAUUAACACACAACCCACAUAGAUAGGGGAAGGAUUGAGCUAGGUACUCACAGAAUACAAGCCUGAGCCCUCUCUUGGAACCCAGUCGUGGGUGUAGCAACGAAAGCAAUAUGAUAUGCUGCAGGGUGAAGCUCCUUUGGGGGGUUAUUGUAUGUAUAAAGUUUACCUUAUAAUGGCUCAAAAUGUAUUUAAUUGUUUUCUGUUUUGUUUAUAAAUGAAAAAUCUAUAAGUAUAAUGUAAUUAUUUUAUAGGUAUACUAUUAAAUUAUAGAACAAAUAAAGAUACUCUAGGAUUAUAUGUGA